UCUCUCUCUCUCUCUCUCCAUCUCUCUCCAUCUCUAUCUCUCUCUCUCUCCAUCUCUCUCUCUAUACAAUUACCCGCAACAGACCCCGAAUCUUGUGUUCUUAACCGCCUCGUUUCUCUCAGUGAAGCAACAACUAACCAGGGAAGAAUCAUCUGGAUUUGGGAACAGAUGUGUCUGUGAUUAUGUCUGAAUUGAUCGAAGGUCUCCCUGAUGCGGUUGCCCUCAGGUGCCUUGCACGGGUUCCCUUCUAUUUGCAUCCCAAGUUGGAGCUUGUUUCUCAUUCAUGGAAAGCUGCCAUUCGUAGUCGUGAACUGUUCAAAGCUCGACAGGAACUUGGUGCCACUGAAGAUCUGUUGUGUGUUUGUGCUUUUGACCCAGAAAAUCUAUGGCAGAUUCAUGACCCUCUAAGAGACCUUUGGAUUACACUCCCUGUUCUCCCCUCAAAAAUCAGGCACCUUUCUCACUUUGGCGCUGUCUCGACUGCUGGAAAGCUGUUUGUACUUGGUGGUGGCAGCGAUGCUGUUGAUCCACAGACCGGUGACCAAGAUGGAAGCUUUGCAACCAACGAGGUGUGGUCGUAUGACCCCAUAAUUCGACAAUGGUCUCCUCGAGCAUCAAUGCUUGUGCCGCGUGCAAUGUUUGCCUGCUGUGUUUUGGACGGGAAGAUUGUUGUUGCAGGCGGUUUCACUAGCUGCCGGAAAUCAAUUUCUCAGGCAGAAAUGUAUGACCCUGACAAGGAUGUGUGGGUGCCGAUACAUGAUCUCCAUCGCACUCAUAAUUCAGCAUGCUCGGGAGUGGUGAUCAGAGGAAAGCUACAUGUUUUGCACAGGGGCUUAUCGACAGUGCAAGUCUUGGACGGUAAGGAGCUAGGGUGGACAGUUGAGGAUUAUUGUUGGCUCCAAGGUCCAAUGGCAGUUGUUCAGGAUGCGCUCUAUGUUAUGAGUCACGGAUCAAUCUUCAAGCAGGAUGGAAAAGUGAGCAAGGUAGUGGUUUCUGCGUCCGAGUUUCGUCAGAGAAUCGGAUUUGCUAUGUCUGGGCUGCGGGACGAGAUUUAUGUGAUUGGAGGAGUCAUUGGCCCUGACCAGUGGAACUGGGAAAUCAAGCCGAUGUCUGAUGUUGAUGUCCUGAUGCUUGGUGGUGAAAGACCGGCGUGGCGACAGGCAGCUCCAAUGACCCGGUGUCGUGGAACUAUUCUUGGUUGUACACAGUUGAGAAUUUAGGGCUUUCAUUUGUUCUUUUUGGCUGCUGUCUCCUUGUGCAAAUUUGCCAUUGCUGAGGAAUUGGCCAUCUGACGGCUACCUUGUUUAUUUUGUAAGCCAAAAUGUAUGGCCUUGUUUCUUGUUAGUUUUCUCAGGGUUUCCUUGGAACUCUUUUCUUUAGCAAAGGUAAUACUGAAGUUCCAGCACCAUUUAAAAGGGGCAACAACUUAAAAGUUCAUUAAUUUAUGCGUUA